AUGUAUGUGACCCGUGCCUGCGACUGCUGUAAACGACGCAAAGUCAAGUGCGAUUCUGCAGACCCUUGCGCAAGCUGCCAGACCUCCCGGAUCCCUUGCAGGUACACGAUCAUCCCCCAGAAGCGAGGAAGGGCCAGCCAGAGACCAGCAGCGAGCCUCUCACUCCCUUCAUCACCGACCACUCCGCAAAGUAGUACGAGUAGCGAUGCCGCGGCCGCGAUCAACUCUGCGGCGUGGUCGAACAGCCCAUCCAAUUCCCAAUCCAUUAUAAUUGUGGAUUCUACGGCGACCAGCCAUCCUCCUCUUUCCCCACACGAAGCGGGCACAGGCACAGUCGCACUAUCUAUUCCCAUUUCCCCUGCUGCCGACGAACCGAGUUCAGCUGCCACACGCAUCCUUACCAAUUUGGUCCAGCAAGUGGAUUGCUUGCUAACCAAGGAGAAUACUGCACAACUGGUGACCAAGUGCGUCGACCUGUUCAUGAUGUUCCUUUUUCCCAACACGCCUGUUUGCCACGAACCCACACUCCGUGCCGGCAUUUCGAUCUUCCAGCUCCGCACGAUUAUGAGUAGCCCAGCGGAUACCGUGGAGUCAUCUUUAGUAGCACAGCAACCCGAGGCACUGUUGCAGCUAGGCAUGGAGAAACAUUUCACCCUCCUUACAGCUCUCUGUGCCCUGGUCUUGUCCGUAGCACCUGAAUCGUACAUUCCCCAGAAAGCUGUACUGGCGCUGCUUUUUCUGAAAGCAUCACGAGCAAUGCUCCAAGCAUAUCAGGAGAUCGAUCUCGAAAGUCCUGACUGGACUUCGUUGAUCAUACGUGUCUGGCAGUCUUCAGCAACGCAGAACGCUACUGGUAGAAAUGGGGAAGCUAAUCAUUACUAUGGAGAGGCUGAGAUGCUCGCACUCAGACUUCGCUUGUAUGAUGAGUCCUCUGUCAUCCGGGAGUCGACUAUUGAGUCGCAGUUAUUACGUUCAAUUUUCUGGCUACUAUAUCUUUCUGACAAGUCCGCUACGGCCCUCGACGACCGUCUUUGUAUCAUAAACGAACGAGUAUUUGAUGGCGAGUUGACGUUGUUGGAGAGGGGCAAUGAAGAGGUCCCUCUGCUCGACAUGAAAAAGACAAUAAACCUGUCGCCCCUUGAAAACCAAGUUCAAGAAGGAUUUGUAUUGAAAAGGCACAUUACGUCCGCUGCAGUCGAUAUAAUUACGGCUUUGAAGCCUUCUAGGCGCAUUCAGGCUCAUUUGUCUUCCCAAUGCCAAACCGAAGCGGCAGUUGGAGAGGUUCACGGCACCAAUGCAAGCAAGCUAACUGAUCUGUAUCUAGAAUUCGCAUGUCUGAUUGACAGCUUCCCACGGUGGUUGCGAAGCCCCGACCAAUAUCUCGACCGGUUCCCAGAUGCUGAUGGAGCACACUAUCAGAAGAUGUGUUUCUGGGCGCAGAGAAGCAGUAUCAUGACGACAUUCCACUCUCUCAAGUUGGUGAUCCUACAAAAGUGUAUCGAUCAUGGCGCGCCCGAGGUGAUGGGGCUCGACCACAACAAAUUCUCACAGCACCUUAAAAAGAUAGAUCUAGCACGAGACUUUCUCGCCGAGCUCCAGCUUGCGCCUUUUCAGUGCAUCAAGAUGCAGGGAGAGCCGGCUGUUCAACGACUUCGCAAAGUUGGUAGUAUCAUCCUUGAAGUGGUUCACAACGCUAGCAACGAGAGCAUCAAGACACGAGCGCAGUCUCAGCUGGUGCAGUUAUUAGAUGUACUAGCCCAACUGGACUCAAAAGCGUCUGAUGGACUCCGCGGGCAAUAA